CCACACUGUAACAAUAAAAUCCGAUUAAACUCAAGAAAAUAAUUUCUAAUCACCAGGAACAACCGAUCAAGGUGGCAAUCACGCAAGAUGAAAGAAUAUAUUUCGCACCAAUCGAAUAUGGCGUCUGAAAUAAUGACGUCACUGCCAAAUAGCUUGGAUCAAUUGAGUUCUUCUGGCUGGAUCUUCUGCCCCUUAAACACAUGCUUUCAAUAUCACUCAAAGAGAGGAGUGGAGUGGGCAAAACUGUAUAAAACCAUCGGUAUCUCAACUGCGUUUAAGCACUAUUAAUUGGUAGAUAUUUGAGACAUUUGGUGCGGAUAAAUCUGAACCUGAACGAAUUUUUGGCCGGUAAACACGCACAUGAACGCCAAAAUAAAGCCGACGGUCGUUACGGUUUGUGCGUUUAAUUCGGGCGACACCGCGACCUCUACCAAAGUCGGAUAUGUUAGUGUUUGUUCCGAAAACGAAAACCAAUUUAUGAUCGGGUUUGCGCUCCAGUCUCGUCCUCUACCUACGCACAUUUUUCCUCGAUUUGAUGGGAAUUUUCCAGUUUGUGUAGUCGGCGCUCGCCUGGCGAUGGGGAGUGAGCACUAUUGCCUGCGCUGGAACAACCACCAGGCAAACCUGCUGGGCGUGUGUGCGCAGCUGCUGCGCGACGAACGUCUUGUGGACGUAACGCUGGCGUGCGCGGACGAGGGACGUUGCAUACGCGCCCACAAGGUUGUGCUUUCCGCCUGCUCGGCCUAUUUCCGGGCGCUGUUCGUCGACCAUCCGGCACGCCACCCAAUCGUCAUCCUCAAAGACGUGCGCUUCAGCGACCUGCGCACCAUCGUCGAGUUCAUGUACAAGGGUGAGGUGCGCGUCGAGUACGCACAGCUCAAUCGGCUGUUGCAAACCGCCGAAAGUCUUAAGGUUAAAGGUUUGGCCGAAAUGACUCAGGAAUACAAACCUGAUCCUCCCGAACAGACCGAACCCGAAGAACUGGUCAGUAGACGGCCGCCCUCGUUGGGAACGGGCGACCCCACGCCGCCCCGCAAUUCCCCAGUGGCGGCAGUGCCGCCCCCCCGUCAGUCCCCCGAACCGCUUCCCCGACCGCCCUCGCAAAAUGGAUCACCCGAACCUCCCCUACCGCCCACCAACAGUUUUGGACCGCCGCCCACUUUGGUGGGCUGCCGCCCUUCGCCGCCUCUCAACUGCGAUCCCCUGCCCGGGCCUUCGAAUUUGCCGCCCAUUCAACAAGUGCCCUUGAGCCUGAAGAAGGAGGUGGACUGGGGAGGGGGCUUGGAGGACAAGAACUCGGGCGGCGAAAGUUCCUCGGAGUACUCCAGAAUGCCGCACGAUUCGGAGCGGCCUGACGACGGCGCAGACGCCCCAGGGGCGUCCAGUUCGCCGCCCCGCAUCUACCCAUGCAUGUACUGCGGCAUCAGCUUUCCGCAUCAGAGCAAAUUGACCAGGCACAUUCUGAGCCACAGCUUGGAGACGUUGAAGUAUCGCGAACAGCGCGGCAUGCCCUCUCUGAGCAUACCGGAGCCGGCGGCUACCAGUUGGGUGGACGCGCGUAGUGAGCCGCCCGAUCCGACGGAUCAGCCGCCCACUCCGAUGGAUCUGGACGAUGCGGCGUCCCCCGGGGGCGUCGUUCUCUGCAAGUUCUGUGGUAAAUCGUUCCCGGAUGUGGCUGCCCUUAUUGCUCAUCUACCCGCCCACACUGGGGAUCGGCCCUUUAAGUGCGAGUUCUGUGGGAAAGCGUUCAAGUUGCGCCAUCACAUGAAGGACCACUGUCGAGUGCAUACUGGGGAGCGGCCGUUCCGCUGCAGUUUGUGCGGCAAGACGUUUUCGCGUUCGACCAUCCUCAAGGCUCACGAGAAGACGCACUAUCCGAAGUAUGUGCGCAAGUUUCUCUCGCCCAGCCCUUUGGACACGGAGGAGGAGAAUCCGCACUAAUUCCCCAGCUUAAUGGUGGUGGUGGUCUGGACUUGCAACCCAUGCCAUCGCUUGCUGCCACCCUCAAGGGUCACUUGGAUGGCGUAGCAUUCGGGCACCAAUAACUCUAGCGUAGGCAUAAAGCGUAGUCUAAGCAGAGGCCGAAGUCUGGGUGGGCGGAGCCACUCUGCUUUCGGCCUACUCAUGAAGUCGGUAGGCAAAAUGGGUCUCAGUUGCUUACGUGGGCGACUUGAGUGGGAGCGGACAAGAGUAUUUUUCAAGAGAAAAGUUUACAUUCUAAGCAACAUAUUACGAGUAAUCUUGAACUGAUUUCUGAGCAUCUGACUAGUUGGUCUAACCACCAUUACGAUUGAAUUCUGCUGAGGAUCAAGGAAGAAAAAUGCACCACAAAUAGAGGAUUUCUUUCUGUAUCCAACACUCUAAAGCAUUUUUCUCUCCCUUCUUUAAUUCUGGAGGAGCACAUUUUUCGAGCGAGUGAUUUGGAUAAUAAUCAAAGGCAAAAUCCGCCAAUUUUUGAAAAAAUUUGGAAAAUCCGAACCAAAUCUUCAACAUACUAUCUUUCUAGUAUCUUUGCUUUUCUAGUAUCUUGCGCUAUCUUGCACACUAAAACCCUUCUUUUCACUCCUUCAUAUUUGGAUCAAUUUAUUUCUUUAGCAAGCGAUGCACCAGGUUUGGUAAAUAAUUGGAGGCAAAAUAGUUGAAAUUUCAAAAAAUCUGGACAAUUUCCUGGUGAUGAUCAUGGAAGGAAAGUUACAGCUCAUUAAUAGUUUUUCUUUCUCUAUCAAAAACACUGAAGCCCACUUUUGAAGCUUUUUUAGUUUAGGAGAAAUUAUUUCCAUUAGCUUGUGAUGAACGACGAGACUGUCGCAAGAUUGCAGAAAAUACCGCAAAAUUUCAAAUAUUUGUGGAAUAAAUCCUGAUGAUGAGCAGACAGUAAAAUUUAGAACAGAUACAGAGUGUCUCCUUCGCUAUCUUUAACACUAAAGCACAUUCUUCUCACUCCUUCAGUUUUCGAGAAAUCUAUUUCUUUAGCAAGCGAUGCACCAGGUUUGGUAAACAAUUUGAGGCAAAAUAGUUGAAAUUUAAAAAAAUAUGGACAAUUUCCUGGUGAUGAUCAUGGAAGGAAAAUGACAGCUCAUUAAUAGUUUUUCUUUCUCUAUCAAAAACACGGAAGCACACUUCUGAAGCUUUUUUAGUUUAGGAGAAAUUAUUUCUAUUAGUUGGUGAUGAACGGCGAGACUGUCGCAAGAUCGCAGCAAAUACCGCGAAAUUUCAAACAUUUCUGGAAUAAAGCCUGAUGACGACUAGACAGGAAAACUUAGAAGAGAUACAGAGUGUUUCCUGUCCUAUCUUGCACACUAAAACCCAUUGUUCUCACUCCUUCAGUUUUGCAGAAAAUAAUUUAUUUGGCAACCGAUGCACGACGUUUGGUCAAUAAUCGAAGGCAAUUGACAAAAUAAAAAAAUACCUGGAAAAGAUCCUGCUGAUGAUCAAACAAUCAAAAUUCCAUCACAAAUACAGUUUUUCGUUCUCUAUUCACACUGAAGCUUUAUUCUGAAGCUUUUCGACUUUCCAAAAUAUUAUUAUUUUUAGGCUAGUGACAAACGACCACUACCGAUCACUGAUCGAACUAAGUACCACAAAAAUGUAAAUCUAUCUGGAGCAAAGUCUGAUGAUGAGCGCAUAAUGGAAUUUGCAUCUCUUCUUCGUCAUCCUGCCCACUAAAACCGAUUGUUUUCGCUCCUUGAGUUUUGAAGAAAUAAUUUUUUUGGCAAGCGAUUUACAAACUUUGGUCAAUAAUCGAAGGCAAAAUUGGGGAAGCAGAAAAUUUCUGGGAACAAUUCUGCUGAUGAACAACGAAUAACUUUUUAACUCAAAAAUAAAGUUUUUUCUUCUCUAUCCAACUAUCUGAAGAACAAGUCUGAGGCUAGUCCAGUGUGGGAGAAUGUCUCAUGAUGAACAGACUGCGACAUUUUCGACAAAUUUAGAGCUUCUCCUUGGCUAUUUCAGACACUAAGAUCCACUUCCACAACUCCUUUAGUUUUAGCAAUUAAUUUCUUUAGCAAACCAUGUAGGAAGUUUUGCGGAUAACCGAAGGAAAUUUUGCCGAAUUUAAAUUUGUCUGCAAAAAAGCCUGGCGAUGAUCAACAAAGCAAAAUUGCGUUUCAACAACAGUUUUUUUCUCUAUUCAAUACACAGCAGCCCAAUUGUGAUGCUUUUCUGGUUUUAGAGAAAUUAUUUUUUUUGGCCAAAAAAGGUUAACUUCUGUUCAAUGAUGGACGAAAAUCCGCAAAAUUUGAAAUAUUUUGGAGCAAAAUCUGAUCAUGAGCAGACAAUGAAAUUUGCAACAGAUCUAAAGUGUUUUCUUCGCUAUCCCACAGACUAAAAGCCAUUCUUGUUCCUCCUUCAGUUUUGGUGAAAUUAAUUCCUUGAGCAAGUGACAUUUUGAUCAAAAUCAGAAGGCAAAAUUGACGAAAUUUAAAUAUUGCUGAAAACGAGUCUGAUGAUUAAUCAAGGAUCGAAAUGAAGCAUAAAUGGUUUCCAGUCAAACUGGAGUGUGAGUUUCAGUGUGUUUUCUGUUCUAAAACUGGUUUUGCAUACACCUUUGUGAAAAAUGGCAAAAAUGUGUAACUGCUGCGGAAAACUCCACCUAUUUUACUAGGUUAAGACUGAGCAAUCUGGCGUAAAGCAAUAUUAUAAAGCCCUUAAAAUGCUCUUUCAGACAAAGCCAGAAUCAUUUGGAUCGGUCGAAAGCUUCAGAAGAUAUGCUAAUGUCAAUAUUGGAAAUUGCUCUGCGCUCCCGCCCGCUUAUUAUUAGUUAUACGAAAAAGUGUCCUAAACUAAUACGAAGAUCUUUAAGGCCAACUUGUAACCGGUGUUUUCGAAGUUAUAAUUCAUCAAAUUCUGCGUGGAAAAAACAUUUUUGUGUUUUUUACUAGCAACUUUUCUUUAAAGCAUUGUGUCCCGAUCAGCCAGGUUUUACCGCUGUCUAGAGCCAUUUUUGCGUUUAUUUGGCCACCCGGUAUAGUGUGUCUUCAUUAACAACAAAGUAAACUUUGUCAAAUGGGAAAAAACCUGGGCAACUAGCGACCAAUGAAAUUGCCAUUUGCAUUUUUUUGUACGAAUUUUCGUUGCUAAUCUAUUUGGAAACUGAAAAAACUGUAAACGAAAAAAACCUUUACGAUUUUUAAAUCCUCACUUCAAUUAGAAAUUUUUCGAAAAAACCGGCCCUAUUUUAAACAUACCGGGUGUUCAAUGGAAAACAUUCAAGCUCCAGUGGAAAAUUUCAAUGGUUUUUCAAGUCCAACUCCAGCCAAUGGAGGGCUAAAGGAGCUCUUGCUUUAGAGCCUUUAGAGCGACUAUAUGCCCAUUUUGCGGACCGUCUAGCAGCAGAAAGCCCCCAAAAUGUGUAUACUGUAAAAUCCGCACACAAUGCGCGGUUUUAAAUAUUUUCCCUAACAUAUCGCGUGGUUGUUUUCACCUGUUCUUCAUGCUUGUUUCCUCGGCUGCCGAAAAUAUUUAAAGCCGACCAGGCGAAGAGCAAUCAGCUAUUAUUGCGUCAUAGGUCAGGUGGUGAUUUAAGCAAACGAGCAAAAAAAUUGUAAGGGACUGUCGGUUGAAUAAGCUAAAUUAAGUUGCAAAUGUGUAAGAGCUGUGAUAGACUUAUGACUUAGUUAAUGGUACUUUAGUAGUUGGUAGACCAUCAUCCUGUCACCUGACCUUCAUCCAUGGCCCUUUACGUUCUUGAUAGUAGACCGGAGGCUUUUCACGUUCAAUUCAAGCCUCAGCAUGUUUUUAUUUUUUUUAUUGGAACGAAAUCAGCGCGCAUUCGAUUCGUUCAUUGGUAGAUUUUCGCAGUAUUAGUUAAGGGCAGGGACCGGAUUUAAGGGCAACGUUCUGAAACCGACCGACACUGAUGUUGGAUGAAUGAUUACCGCUUUUCGAGAAUACAUAGCAAUAAUCAUUAUACAAAUAGGAUCACUUAGUCUAGUAACUUUCAUUAAUAUUGAUUAGGGUGGCGACAUUGGCGCAGCCAGUGGUAGUUUUUUAAAAUCGGCUUAUUUUUUCAAACCGCAAAACGUGCAUCUUCGCAUCUCCAGUUAAAAAUUAAUUAAAAUAGCUCCAAGUCCUUCCGGCAUCUCUAUAUUCAUUAUAGCAUUAAUCAGGGCUUUUUUCCCGUAAUGAGAUGUGCAGUGAUUUCCAAUUAAUGGCCAUGCGAUUUCUAAUUAGCUCAGCAUCCAAAAUCGGGCUGCAUUCAGUUUUCCUAAUUAAAACAUAAAUAAAUUUCUUAAUUUACUUAAUAAUUUGUCUGAAAAACAUCCUCAUUAAUUAUGCCACAGACAGGGCGAUUUUUUUGUUGCACUUGUGGGCAUGUGAUUGCUUUAUUCACUUCUUUCACUCAUAACUGGGCCAGUUCCUAGAAUACAAGAAAGUCAGAUAAUCCGUUGGAAAGUCCUCUGGAUAGUCUUUAUUUUUGCUUACAUGCAAAAGAAAACGGUUCUCUUUUGGGUACAUUUCUUUCCCUCAUAGCUUAACCAUUUCUUAGCACAAAAGGAAACUAGGACAACUGUUGGACGCUCCUUCAAAUAGUCUUUCUUUUGGCUGUUGAUCGUUUUUCAGCCGACUGUCGCGGUUGAAGUUACAGGCAAAAAAACUGUUCUCUUUUGACACACUCGACAUCAUUUUGGUGCACUUAUUUGCCUCCCAACUGGGCCAAUUACGAAGAUAAAUUGAAAUUCAAAAAACUACUGGAAACUCCUUUGGGUGGACUUUUGCCUCGCCUAUAAUAUUUUUUCAAUCUGACCCCCUCUGUGGAAGUUAAUGGCAAAAUAAAACCUCUCCUCUUUUAAAUCAUUCAACAGCGCUCUGGUAGAUUUCUUUGUCUUCUAACGUGGCUAUUUAAAAAAUGUAUUUAAAACUCUAAGUACAGUUAGAAACUACUUUGGAUCUGCUUUCACCUUGAUCUUCAUCGUUUUUCCUUCUGACGGUUGCUGUUGAAGUCAAAGGCAAAGGAAAAUUGUCCGCUUGAGACACUCGGCAGCAUUUUGGGUAAACCGUUUGCAUCUUAACUUGCCCAUUUUCAAAGAUAAUUGAAAACUUAAAGAACUGUUGUAAACUCCUUUGAACAGUCUUUCACUUUGCUGUCGAUAGUUUUUUCAAUCUGAGUGUCGCUGUGAAACUCAGAGGAAAAAUAAAACUGUCCUCUCUUGAGACAACGUGCAGCAUUCUGGGUAAACUUCUUUGCAUCCUAACUUGCCCAUUUCCAAAAAUCAUUGGAAACUCAAAGAACUGUUGGAAUCUCCUUUGAACAGUCUUUCACUUUCCUAUUGAUAGUUUUCGAGUGUCACUAUCUUAUGUUGAAGUGGGACGCAAAAGAAAACGGUCUUCUCUUGAGACCCUCAACAGCACUUUGGGAACAUUUCUUCGCGUCCCAGCUUAGCCAAUUUCAAAGUUUUUUGGAAACGCAACGAUCUGUUGUAAACUGCUUUGAUCAGUCUUUCAAUUUUUCCUAGACAGGUUUUCAAUCGGAUCAUUGCUGUUGAAGUGAGAGGCAAAAAACAGGUCUGUCUUGAGACAACGGGCAUCAUUUUAGGUAAACUUCGUUGCAUAAUAACUUGGCCAAUUCCAACGAUAAUUGAAAACUCAAAGCACUUUUUGAAACCUUUGGACAGCCUUUGACUUUUCCCUGAACACUUUUUCAAUCUGACCAUCACUCAUUAAGUUAUGGGCAACAGAAGACGGUCACUUUUUUGGACACCCAACAGCACACUUACGGGCUUUGCUGCAUUUAGGAUGUGGCCAGUUCAAAAAAUAAAUUGAAACGGAAAGUACACGUGAAAACUCCUUGGGACAGUCUUUCGCUUUGCUAUUGAUCGUUUUCCAGUUUUACUGUCGUAUGUUGGAGUUAGAGGCAAAAGAAAACUUGUUCACGUGAAACACCCAACAGCACCCCGACAAAUUUCUCUGCAUCUUAACGUGGCCGAAUCCCAAAAAAAAAUUGAAACUGAAAUUACAGUUGGAAACUGCUUUGGAGACUCUUCUAUUUCACUUCUAACAUUUUUGCCAUCCGACAAUCGCUGUUGAUGUUUCGGCCAACAGAAAACUCAUCUCUUGUAGACACCCAGCUACUGCUGGGUGUCUGUACCUCCUAAUGUGGCCAGUUCGAAAAAUAAUUUAAAACUCAAAAUACAGUUGGAAAGUGUUUUCAAAAGGCUUUCACCCUGCUGUUGCUAGUUUUCCAAUGUGACUGUCGCAGUGACAGGCAAAAUAAAACUGUCUUCUCUUGCAAACUAUCAGCACUCUGAUUAUUCUUCUUCACCCGGUUAUUUAACAAAACACAGUAAAACUCAAAAAAAUAUGGGGAACUCCUCUGGGCAGUCUUCUUCCACUUUGCUUCUGUAGCUGUGGGCCAAAGAAACUCUUCUUUAAGUGAACAACCGAAGUUUCCUUUAAGAGAAACCAUUGUCAACUGUGUUUUUUGAGACGUUUUAGGAAAAACUACCUAAUCAUUCCAUGAUUUCCGACAACUUUCUUCAAAUCUGCGAUCAAAGGAAACUUUCUGCUGCUUUUCAACGUUUUCACCUAUCUACAGCCCAAGUGCACGUUGCAAUGAAAAAUGUUUAACUCGAAAAUGGAGCGUCUCUGCAAAAGACAUCAAGAGUCCUUUCUCUCAAGAAUUAAACGGAGAAAUUUAAAAUGGUUUUUCCAUCAAAAUCCAGGGGCGGCUUAAGUUUUUAUUUAGUUUUUUUGUGCCUGUAUAUGGUGGGAGUCGUUGCACGUUCACGUGAGUGAGGGGGAAAAAUCGUGGCAAAUCAGAGCAGUAUUAAGGGGGAGGAGGUUUUAGAAAGCUACCAAAGGACCCGAUUAUAUCAGCACCUAGAACGCCUUAGUAUUAAGUUCGAGUACUAUUUGUGUUUCCUACUUAAAAGAAUAUAUUUAUGAUAUUUUUAAUAGAGAAAUAUAUAAUACUGUUGUAAAUAGAAUGCGUAGUCAGUCGUUUUUAGAGUAAUUUACAAAGAGAGUAGAGUUUUUGGUAAAACUGCUCGAUGGAUUUUUGUUAAACUUUGGCGCCAUUGCUCGAUUGAUUCCGUUAGAUAAAUCUAUCUACUCGAGUGCCUCUAUUAAAUCGUAGAAUUCUACUAGAAUGUUCUGGAUGUUUGCAUUGAGCGCAAUACAAAUGUGCCGGACAAAUCCUGAUUUCUGCCACUGUUAAUAUUGACUCAUUCCAGCACAGCGCAUUGAACUAAUCGGCGGUAUUGUAGAAUUUGAAAUACUUUUAGUAAUGAAGAAUUGCAGAUUUAAUCUGUGAUAACUUGUGAUGUUGAUGAUAAUUGAGAACGAUUUUUGUUCGUUGAUUUUGUGAUUUUUCUAAAUUGUCUCGCUCUAGGAGCUUAUUUAUUUAUGUUUAGGCGAUUGAUUGAAACCGAAAAAAUGAAAGCAAUAACGGGAAAUUUUUUGUUUAAUCGUAGUGAAUGUUGUUAGAUAAUACAAACCGUAGCCGAAUUUUAACACAGUGACUAUUUAUACAUACAUAACAAUUUGAUUUUUCGAGGCGAAGCCUUGGCAAUGGUAGCUCAGGAUCACUCACUUCCGAUAAUAGCGAAUAUACAAUAAUUUUUUUAUCAAUCAACAAUUUCGUUGGAUAAUUGCGCCGCGCCCAUACCACCCACACAUUUCCUUUAAACUGAACAAACCAAACCGAGAAACCGACGAUUUUUUUUCCGAGAAUCUGCCUUAAUGGGCGUGGCAAUUAUCUGAAGAAAUUGUUGCCAACAUGUUACUGCUGAACAAUACAAAUAGAACUGUUGAAUUUUAUACAUUGCUACUGAACCAUACAGGAAUGAUUUACAGAUUUUUUACACGAUUUGUUGAGUGCCAACUAGCCGAUAGGCUUAAACCGAUUUAAAUGCUGUUUAGAGGGAAAAAGCAGCCGCAGUUCUCUGGCCGAACCAGAGCGAUGAAUGUUAGUUUUGUCUCAGCGAUUGCAACUGUUCUUGCAGUCGAUUAUUCAUUUGAUGUUCCUAUACAACAAGCUAAAUCCUGUGUUAGUAAUACUGUUAUAGUGUGGUAAUCAUUAAUUUAGUGGUGAAGUUUUCAUUGUACAAUAGUAGAGUAUACUCUUAGUCUAGUACUUAAUGGCUCACAGCUGACUACCACGGUUUUUCCAUUUAUUUGCACUAUUUUAGGUGUUUUAGUUUGAGGUUUUGCCUUAGCAGGGCGCCAGUUUGUGUAAGUGAUGGGCAAACUCAUGUUCACCAAGUGGAUGGAAAAAUUACCAAUAAAAUCACUUUCUCGGG